GAAGGCCGCUAGGUGGCUGCCGCGAUCGUCAGAGCGCCGCCGUGCCAUCGCCGCGACGCUUGCGGGAAGCGAUGAGUCUCCGCUGCCGUGGUCAGUGACGAACGCUGCGAGCCUCGGGGUGCCACCGCUUCAGCCAUGCACUAGCGGGCCGUCGGUAGAUCAGCAAACCUUUCGUUAUUUUUUAAUUCAAAAUUUAGCUUUAUCCCCGUUCCCCGCUGCCGUUUGGUGGAAGUGUACCAGCCCCGUAAACCAACCAAGCCUAGCGCGGCCAACUCCCCGCUCCCCAGGAUGGUGCCUUCACGGACGGCUUCUAAAUUAUUCGGUGUUUCGUUUGUGAGUAGCAAAAUCUCCUCGUCGUGCAGUGACGCUCCUGUGUACAGAAUGGAUAACGGCAGCUUACGAGCCACCAGCCUCCUAAGGAUUUUCGCCUGCGUCCUUUUGCUACUGGUACACAGCGUUCCUGUAGAAAGUAAAUGUGCAUUCCGGGGAAAGUGCGGUGUACACGAGGACACGGACAAAGACGUCCCCUGCGUGUACAGUGGGGAAGGGCAGCCCCUGGAUCAAGAGGGCCUAGAGAUCAUCAAGGAAUUAUGCCCCCAUCUAGUACAAGGUGAUCAACCAAAGUUCUGCUGUGAUCUGACACAACUAGAAAAAAUGAAUGAAGAACUGAAACAGCCCAUCAGCUUAGGCAUGGGGAAGUGUCCCACUUGCUACAGUAAUUUUGUGCGCAUAUUCUGCGGCUUCUGUGACCCAAACCAGGGUGACUUCAUAGCUGUCAAUGCAUCUGAGCCCAGUGAAGAGAAGGAAGGCGAGCUCAAGGCCACUGCGGUCGACUAUGCCAUUAGUGAAGAAUUCGUUCAAGGUGCAUUCAACUCGUGCGUCAACGUCAUGUCAGUGAUAUCAGGCACAACGGUGAUGCAGCUCAUGUGUGGAGCCCAUGGUAGUGACUGUAACCCCCAGUACUGGCUCGACUUUUUGGGCUCCACGCCGGAGGAAGGCGACGGGUUUUCGCCUUUCAAGUUCAACUACAUCGUCACCUCGAAAGAGAGCAUUGUGAGCAGUGGGGCCACACUCAAGCCAUACAACCCAUCCUUCCACAAGUGCUCCGAUCCAUUUGGUCCCAGCCAGCAAAAGUGCAGCUGCAGCGAUUGCCCGGCGGUGUGCCUUCCUCAGGAACCGCCGCUGCUGCCUCCCUCGCCAGAGCCGUUCACCAUGGGCCGCUAUGACGGCAUGCUGGUCGUGUCCAUGCUGCUCUUUGUGCUCCUGAGCACAGCCGUCCUGAGCACAUUCUUUCUCAAGAGCCACAAGAGGAAAACAUCAUUCCAAGUGUCGAACUCGUCGGAGUCCAGUGUGUCGGACACGAGCAGCAACAGCAAUGACACGAUCAGGACCCCCCUGCACCGGCCCUCAAAGCCGGGUCGCUCAAUUUUGUUGGCAGCCGUGGAUCUUGGCUCCCUUGAGGAGGUGGAACCUCUGAGAUCAAAGCGCUCAAUGAGUGGUCAAAGCUUUCCCUACUCUCCGAGCCACUCACCACCGGGCUCACCCAUCACCCUGCGCCCUGCACCGCUUUCCGGCGAUGUCGCGGAUGGCGGCAUCAUCAACGGCGUCGUUAAUGGGCUCGGUAAUGGCGUGGCCAACGGUGAUGCCGCAGUGUCCAAGGUGGCCACUGGCGGCACUGGCGAGGAACCCCACGUGCGCACGCUCUCCUCGUUCGGGGCGACCAUGGAGCAGCUGCUGCAGGCGGGCUUCCACCGAUGGGGCCUGUUCGUGGCACGUAACCCCUCUCUGGUGCUGGUGGCCGCCCUGGCGGUCAGCGUGCUCCUUUCAUUGGGUCUUCUCAAGUUCACUGUGACUACCAACCCGGUUGACCUCUGGGUGUCCCACAGCAGUCUGGCCCGCAAGCACAUGAACUACUUCAACUCUCACUUUGGUCCUUUCUACCGUGUGGAGCAAAUCAUCCUGCGUCCAAAAGCCCAAGACUUCUUUAUUGUGGAGAAAAAUGACAAAAACACGACAUACGGCCCGGCCUUCGAAAAGAACUUCAUGAUGGAGGCUCUGAAGCUGCAGUUGGCUGUCGAGGCAGUAAUCGGAAAACUGAGCCCCGACGGUAUGCUUCUGCACGAGGGUGAUCAGGAGAAGUACAGGCCGGAGGAUCUGAGGAAUGUGACCAUCUACGACGUCUGUCUGUCUCCGCUGGCGCCGCUGAACAGGAACUGUUCGGUGCAGAGUGUGUUCGCCUACUUCCAAGACAGCAUUGACAAGUUGAACAUGACAGACGGCAUAGAUCCACUCUCCUACCUUCACCACUUUGACAACUGCAGCAAAAACGUUGCAAACAUGGGCUGCUUUGCGAGAUACGGUGGACCAAUUGACGACAUCUCUCUUGUGUUGGGCGGAUUCAAUGGCACUAACUUCCAUCUGGCCACUGCUUUGGUGAUCACCAUCCCUGUGACCAACUACAACGACGACGUGAAGAAGUACCCAGCGCUUGCCUGGGAGAAGGAGUUCAUCAAGCUUAUGAAGCGCUACAAUAACUCGGAACUGAUGACUGUUGCCUUCAUGGCUGAGCGAUCCAUCGAAGAUGAACUCGAACGGGGCAGUCAUUCGGACGUCGUCACAGUUGGGAUCAGCUAUGUCAUCAUGUUUGCGUACAUCGCAAUUGCACUGGGUGACAUCAACAGUUGCAGUAGACUUUUGAUCGACUCAAAGAUUUCCCUCGGCCUUGUGGGUGUGCUCAUCGUGCUGCUCUCGGUGGUGGCCGCACUUGGCAUCUUCAGCUUUUUCAACGUUGCUGCAACGCUCAUCAUUGUCGAAGUGAUUCCCUUCCUCGUGCUUGCUGUCGGUGUUGACAACAUCUUCAUCCUGGUGCAGCAGUUUCAGCGUGAUGAACGUCGCGAAGGAGAGACAACGGUGGAGCAAGUGGGUCGUCUGGUUGGAGAGGUGGCGCCCAGCAUGAUGCUGUCCAGCGUCUCCAUGUCGGCCUGCUUCUUUAUCGGUGCCUUGACAGAAACUCCCGCAGUGCGGAUCUUUGCACUCUAUGCUGGUGUCGCGCUGCUUAUCAAUUUCUUUUUGCAAAUGACCUGCUUCCUCGCCUUGUUUACUAUGGACACACUGCGUCAAGAGAGCAACCGCCUAGAUCUAUGCUUCUGUAUAAAGGCUUCAAAGAAGAGCAGGCCUUCUGAGAACACUAGUCUGCUUUACAAGUUCUUCAAGACGGUCUAUGCACCCUUCCUGCUCAGCGACUCCGUACGAGUGGUCGUGAUGGUGGCCUUUAUUGGAUGGCUGUGCUCCUCCAUUGCUGUCAUAAGCAAGAUUGACGUUGGCCUUGACCAGGAGCUUGCUAUGCCUCAGGAUUCCUACCUGCAGCAGUAUUUCGACUACCUCAAGAAGUAUCUUCAAGUGGGGCCUCCCGUGUACUUCAUGGUCACCGAGGGCUACGAUUACACGGACGUCAAGAAACAGGCCAGGCUGUGCAUCAACGAGCAAGUCUGCGACCAGGACUCUGUCGGAGCUAAGCUCAAGCAGCUGACCUUUCUGAGCAACAGGACGUAUGUGACGAGAUUGCGGUCGUACUGGCUGGACCAGUACAUCCUUUACAUGCGGUCCUCGGAUUGCUGCUUCGAAACCAUCAAAAACCACGAUUUUUGCUACUCCGACUACGGCACUGCAAACGGAACGUGCCAGUCCUGCAGCGUGCCGAGAUCUGAACCUUUUGCCGGUGAAGAAUUUAGGCACCGGCUUUCCUGGUUCCUGAAUGAUGUGCCUAGUGCUAAGUGCUCUUCAGCUGGUCGUGCCGAGCACGGAAAGUCGAUCAACCAUGUAAAUGGGACCGUUACUGCUGCCUACUAUUCAGCCUACCACCCCGUGCUGAAGACGUCGAAGGAUUUCUACACGGCCCUGGAGUGGGCUCGACUAAUAUCCCACAACUUGACCGAGAUGGUGCAAAAAGUCCAGCCAGAGUCUGAGGUGAUCCCAUACAGCCUGGUGCACGUCUUCUACGAGCAGUACCUGACCAUGUGGCCAGACACGUUCAAGAGCCUGGCAUUAUCGCUGGGCGCCAUCUUUGUUGUCACCUUUGUGCUGCUGGGGCUGGACUUCAUGUCGGCGCUGGUUGUCACCUUCACCAUUGUCAUGAUCAUUGUCAACCUGAUGGGCCUCAUGUACUGGUGGGACAUCUCCCUCAAUGCUGUGUCCCUCGUCAACCUGGUGGUGGGUGUGGGCAUCUCCGUCGAGUUCUGCUCCCACCUGGUGCGGGUGUUUGCCUUCAGCGGUGCUCCUACUAGGGUAAAGCGGGCCCAGGACGCCCUCACCAAGAUGGGAAGCUCGAUUCUGUCGGGCAUCACGCUGACAGACUGUGGGAUCCUGGUGCUAGCGUUUGCCAAGUCGCAGAUCUUCCAGGUGUUCUACUUCCGCAUGUACCUGGGGAUCAUCGCGUUUGGCACGCUGCACAGCCUCAUCUUCCUGCCCGUGUUCCUCAGCAUCCUGGGUCCCCCAGUGAACAAGGACAAGUUAAUAGAACACAUUCAGCUCCAUGAGAUGGCGACGGUGACUCCCACAAUAACCAGGCCCAAGAGUGACAAAUAUACUCCAAAGAAUGUGAGCGCAUAAGGAAGCUCUAGCUACAUAUUUAAAAUUGUGCAGACCUACAUCGCAAAGAGAAAUGGGGAAGGAGACGACUGCCAGCAGCAGCCCUGACCAACCACUGGUUAACCACUCUUGGCUGCGAAGUGCGUCGUCCUUCCAAGUUUACUUCUCACGUUUCCUCAUGGCACGACCGCAGCACUUCCAAAUAUGGCUGUUACAUGGCUAGCAUGUGGCUCCUUUUCUCUCUUUUUUUUUAUACCCCACCCAUCUUCUUUUUGUUACUUUUUUUUUCCCCUGUAACAUGUACAUGUGAUACAGUCCCCCUGUGGGGACGGCCUCAUCGCUACCGUCUCUCGUGCUCCCUCUACAAGAUUAGGUGCGCAGUUGCCUCUGGUGAUGCAAAACUUGCAUAAACGUCUGCUUGUCUCUC